UCUGGGGCAUCCCCGUCGGGCUGACGGUCAGACUCCAGUACGGGAAGCAGGAGAGCAGAAGACUUCUCCCAAACAUGGCUUUGAAUCGGAAUCACUCGCAAAAUGGUGGCGUUUUGGUUAACAACGGAGAAAGCGUUUUAAGAGAAUGUAAGAAUGUGGAGUUGACAUUCAGCGAUGUCAGCUGCAAGACAGACCUCCUGCGGGGGACCAAGAAGGGCACCAUUUACCUCACACCAUACAGGCUGAUGUUUGUGUCCAGUAAUACCAAGGACGGCCUGGGUUCAGCCAUGUUCCCCUAUUAUCUGAUGAAAGGCUGCAGCAUUGAGCAGCCUGUCUUUGCAGCCAACUACAUUAAAGGGACAGUGUCAGCUGAGCCUGGUGGCGGCUGGGAGGGCCAGGCCCAUUUCAAGAUGUCAUUCCCCAGCGGAGGAGCCAUUGAGGUGGGGCAGCAUCUCUUCAAACUGGCCACAAACGCUUCUCGCGCUGCUCCGGCACAGAACGGUGCUGCAUCAUACGGCUACCCUUCACCUGGAAUGAUGAACGGCUACGGCCCAGCUCCACCUGCUCCUCAAGGCUAUCCUUACGCACCCCCUCCCCAGCAGAAUGGAUUCUACCAGGGCCCUCCUCCUCCUGCUGCUGCUAACAUGGGCUACCCAAAUCCAACAGCUCCUGCAGGAAUGUACCCAUCUGGUUUUGACUACAUGGCCCCGCCUCCUCCCUAUCCUGGGCCACCCCCAAAUUGGGCUGCACCCCCCCAGAACUGGGCAGCAGCAGCACCACCACCUCCAGGUAACUCCAAGGCGGCUGAAGCAGCAGGCAGCGCGUAUUACAAUCCCAGCAAUCCACACAAUGUCUACAUGCCCAUGGAGCGGCCUCCACCAUAUGCACCUUAUCCCAACUCUCCUGACAAGAAAAGUAACUGAAGCUCAGGCAACAUCACUUCAAUUACACUCCUCUCUUCCUCUGUAUCUUAAAUAAAUUCUAAAGCAAGGAGUGACGUUGAUGGAUACGUACUCGAAUGUAGAAAACAGAAGAAAAUGCAAGUAGCAGAGGGUUUAAAGAUGUCAGUGAUAAUUCACCAACGAAUCAGUGAUGUUUUUGAAUACUGGAAUCACAUCUUUUAAAUACUGUUUUACAUUUUACUUUGUUUAAACUGAACUCUAGCUAGACUCAUCAUUAUUAACAUUCUCAGUGAUUGGGUUAAUUUCUAAUUCUCUAGCACGUAGGUAAAGUAAGGGCACGUAAACUGUCCUUGUGAAGAGGUGAAAGGAGGAGGAAGUAUGGGGAAUGUAAUUUUGUAAGACAGAUUUAUUACCAAAACAUUUUGUAGCAAUUCUUGAUUGCAGUUCCUGUAGUAAUUAACAAUAGCAUCUCCUAUUAUAAAAGGUAUUUUUGCAGUAUCAUUGAAAGUACCGUGUGUGUUUCCUAUACCGUUAUGCGUUCAGUAGUUUUCCAUAUACAAAACCAGACUGGGUUGCACAGUGUUUAGUGAUUCAGUAUGUGACUGAUUGUCAUACCAUGACUAGAAACAAUAGCAAGUUGAAGUUUCCCUAACACAUGACCAACAUGAUCCUGCGUUACAUCAGUGACAAGUAAUUCCAUUCAUUGUAUGACCCAAAUCUCACGCUCUCCAUCAUGAUUUAAUAUAUAUAAGAAAGGUUUUUGUUAUGAAAAGGAGCAGUGCAUCAUUUGGAAAAAGGGGAUCAGAUAAAUUUCUUACAUAACACGUCUAUGUAUGUGCAAUAUUUCAACCUGACAUAACAAGGUUAAAGGUGACGAGCUGGGGUUACCAGAGUGACCCCGUGCUCUGCUCCUAGCUUCUAUUGUAUUCAUGUAUGCAAAGCCAAGCUGAAACCAGAACUCUACUCUUUGUGUAAUUACACUAGUGUGGGGUUACAGGGCCAUGGCGCUAUAUUAAGGGCCCGUCAGUGUUCUGCCUGCUGUUGAAACUUCUGAAUGCAAACCAUUUAUUCCUGAUUUAGAGUGGGGCGAGGCGCCAACAGGCCGUGUAAUCGCAGGCCCCUCUUAUUGCUCAUCAAUUAACACCUGUUUGAAGGACUAUUUGCUCACAGUUGAAGCGGCGAAAGAAUUUUUUUUUUUUGGGGGGGGGGGGGUAGUUUGCUUGAAUUAAUCAAAUGUAUGUAUAUUAAUAUCUCUUUUGCAGUUCUUAUUCCUUUUGCUGAAAUUUGUCUGUCCAUUAAAAUCUAAUAAAUAUAUCAUUUAUUGAA